GCGUGUUUCAUUUUAAGUGUACAACUUUUAUAGCAGAAGCACCUGCUCCUUUAUUUUGCUUUUAUACAUAUAUCUAUUGAAACCCAAUUAUUGAUCCAUCGCCCUUGACUGGAAAAUGAACGCCUCCGCUAUAUCGUUUUCUUCGGAAAAUAGCAUGUCUAUGAAACGACAACAUGGAAUUUUGUGUGACAACACUUCUGCUACAGAAGUUUGCAAAUCAACAGUUCUUGAUCUCGAAAACCAGUCAGGCGAUAUUAAAGAAAGUAUAAGCCAAGAAAAUGAAAUUCCUAAAAAUAACAUGCCAGUCGUCAUGACCGGAAUAUUGCUGACUACGUUUCUGUCAGCUUUAGACAGUACCAUUGUUACCACUGCUGUCCCAACCAUUGUGCACGACUUGUCAGGCAAGGUCGAUUAUUCUUGGAUUGGCUCAGCAUAUACGCUCGCAUUGACUGCUGUCCUUCCCCUUCUUGGUGUUGCCUCAGACAUGCUUGGUCGAAAAGUCGUGUUGUACAGUAGCAUCUUGUGCUUUCUUUUAGGCAGUGCACUUUGCGGUGCCAGUAAUUCUAUGAUCAUGCUCGUCAUAUGUCGAGCUGUUCAAGGCGUCGGAGCAGGCGGAAUAACGUCGCUGUGUUUUAUUGUUAUUUCUGAUAUUACCUCGCUUGCAAAUCGGUCAUUUUACACGUCAUUCAUCGCUUCAGUAUGGGGGAUCGCUUCAGUCAUCGGCCCGCUUUUAGGAGGCAUUAUAUGUCAAGGCACAACUUGGCGUUGGAUAUUUUUCAUUAAUUUACCUACCGGAGGAAUCUCUAUAGCAAUUCUUGUAUUCUUUCUUAAUGUCCCUGUUCAUGAUCGAACAACGUUCCGACACUUUCUGGUGACAUUUGAUUUUAUUGGGCUUACUACGUGCAUUGUUGGAAGUGUGCUCAUAUUACUUGGGCUCUCCAUUGGUGCGACAAAUAACGACUGGGUUCGCGUGAAUGUGCUUGUCUACAUCAUAGUUGGAGUUGUUUUGCUUAUAGUGUGUGCUUUCUGUGAAGCUAAAACUACUAGAAACCAGAUUCUUCCAACAUUCAUGUUUGAUAGUUUGUCAAAAUGUGCGUUGUUAUUCACAGUCUUCUUGCAUAAUUACAACUAUAUGCUUUUCGAUUAUUACCUACCGGAGUUCUAUCAGAAUGUUAAAGGCGACACCCCCAUAUUUCCGGCAUUCACAUUAUUGCUCCAGCGUUUUUAUUCCGUCGGCAAGAUUAUUGCACUUAGUAUAAUCUAUCCAAUCGGCUCUGGAUGUCUGUUUCUGCCCCCUCUUCUCGCAGCACAGGCGUCAACGCCCGUGCAUGUGAUGGCGAUUGUUACUUCGGUUGUUAUGUUUGUUAGAAGCAUAGGUGGCAGCGUUGGCGUAAUCGUUGGAAAAGUCGUUUAUUCACAAACUUUGGCAGCUCUGCUUGGAAAAAAUGCCAAUACACUGUCGAAUAUGUCUUAUGAACAAAUUAAUACUUUCCCCCAAGAUGAAAGAAGUCAAUUGCUGGAUAAAAUGGGAAAAGCAUACCGAAUGAAUUGGAUUGUUGGUACAAUUAUAUCUGGUAUUGGGCUUCUUUGUCUGCUAACUGUAAGAAUGAAUGGCGCUUCUAAGCAAAAGUAA